GGCAACCCUUUAUACUCACUUGUCAAAAUUCUGGUUUAACCUAAAAAAAACUGUUUGGGAAAUCUUCUAAAUUGUAGUAUUUUUUGCUAGUAAAUCUUUUACAAAUAUGUACACAUCAGCCAGAAGACUCGCAUUCAACUCAACAUAUGCACGAAUAAGAAGUUUCUGUGAAAUUAAAACAGCAGUAAAAAAAUCAAUUAAAGAUGAACAAAUAAAUUCAGCAAAUAAAACUUUUGGUCAACCUACUUUUACUACACAUCCACAUAUAAUUACAAGUGAAAAUGAAGUAACACCUUUAAUAACAAAAGAAGAAUAUUCCAAUAGGAGACAUAACUUUGUUGAAAAACUUGUGCAACAUGUUAAAAACCAAUCUAAUGAAAAUAAAAGGCAUUUGAUUGUUAUACCAGCUGCUACUAAGCAAUACAUGUCCGACAAAAUUCCCUAUGUUUUUAGACAAAAUUCAGAAUAUCUUUAUUUAACAGGCUGUCAAGAACCCGACGGGUGCCUUAUAAUAACAAUAAAUGAAAAUUUGACAAGUUCAAGCUCAACAUUGUUUACUAGAAACAAAGAUCCUCAUGCAGAGACCUGGGAUGGCCCAAGGACAUAUCCUGAGGAUGCCCCUGAUUUUUUUGGGGUAGAUAAUAGCCUUCCAAUCAGCGAGCUAGAAAAUUUUAUAAGUUCCUACAGAAAGAACAAGAGGAACAUAACAUUGUGGUAUGAUUUUUUAAAUCCAGUACAAAACUUUACACAUAAAGCUGUGACUGAUUUUUUGCACAACACUGCCAGCAGAACUUGCGACUCGCCUGUUAGGUUUGUUCACGAAUUAAGGCUGUUUAAAAGUCCUGCAGAAGUUGCUUUAAUGCAGAGGUCAUGUGAUAUUGCUUCAGAAGCCAUUGCUGAUACCAUAUCAAAUUCAAAAUCAGGGAUUUGUGAAAGUCAAAUAUUUGCCAAAGUGGAUUAUGAAACAAGGGCGAGGGGGGCUGAAUUUUUGGCAUACCCCCCUGUAGUUGCAGGGGGUGAUAGAGCAACUAUUAUACACUACAUUAACAAUAAUCAAAUAGUAAAAAACAACGAGUUAGUCUUAAUGGAUGCGGGUUGUGAAUACCAUGGAUAUGCUAGUGACAUUACAAGGACAUGGCCAAUAAACGGCAAAUUUACUAAAGAGCAAAGAGAAGUCUAUGAGGUAGUUCUAGAUGCUCAAAAAGAAUUAAUAGAUUUUUGUGGUACAUUUCCAACUCUUGAUGCUCUAUUUGAAAAAAUGUGUCUUCUUUUGGGUAAAAACCUACAAAAGUCAAAAUUAAUAGGUAUUCAACCCUCUGAUCAAUAUUUAAUGAAGGCAGCUUACCAACUAUGUCCACACCAUGUGUCCCACUAUUUAGGAAUGGAUGUACAUGAUACUCCAUUAAUAAGUAGGAAUAUUAAUAUACAGCCUGGAAUGGUUAUUACUGUUGAACCAGGAAUUUAUAUUACUCACAGCAACAAAACAAUUGCCAAGGAGUACCAUGGUAUUGGAAUUAGAAUAGAAGAUGAUGUUUUGAUUACAGAAAAUGGUCCAGUGGUGCUGAGCAGAAGAUGUCCUAAACAUAUUGAGGAAAUUGAAAGCCUUAAAAGGUAAACGUAACCUAGGUCAAGUAAUUAAUUGUACAUAUUUGUUAUUUAUACUAUACUAUAUUGUUUUAAUAAAAUUUUGGAUUUAUUUAGUCGUUUAUAUUUUAAUGUUUUUAGUGUUUUAAGUUUUAUGUUUAUAUUCUAUAUCUUUCAAGAUACCCA